AUGGAUAGAAGAAAUGACUAUGGUUAUAGAACAACGGUGUUCCAGGGCCCUCUGCCUCCCUCUGGGAGCCUGGGGCUUCCCUUCCCUCCAGAUGUACAGACUGAGACCACAGAAGAGGACAGUGUCUUGCUGAUGCAUACCCUGUUGGCGGCAACCAAGGACCCACCUGUUGCCAACCGACCUAAGAAAAGCAAGACCAAGAAGACUUCUCUUAAGGCUGUUACUAAGUCUGCACCUGCUGCCUCUCCAGUCCCAACUGCCAAUGAGAUUGCCACCAACAAGCCCAAAAUAACUUUACAGGCUUUAAACUUGCCCAUGCUCACUCAGAUCAGCCAGUCUUCAGCUACUACUGAGGUAGCCAAUAUUCAGGCUUCUUCAGUCACUGUUCAGCCUAAAAAAGCCAACAAGACAAAGAGAGUUUCUGCCAAGGUAACCCAAGGCUCCCAGGCCCCAACUGGGAGUGAGGGUGUUACUACCCAACUCAAGUCACCCUUGCAGACCCUAAACCUACCGGUGAUUUCACAGACUAUCCAGGUUCCAGUUGCCAGUGAGUCAGCCAGUUCCCUGGCCUUGAUAGUCUCUACCAAGCCUAAGAAAGCUUCCAAGGCCAAGAAGGCUGCCAAUAAGACCAUAGCUAGUGCCACUGAAAUCUUACCAGCUCCAACUACUAUCCACAUAGCUACUACCCAAGGCCAAAUUACCAGCGAGACAGCCAAUAUCCAAGCUACAGCAGCCUCUAUCAGAACCAAGAAAGCUCCCAAGGCCAAGAAGACAACUGCUAAGGCCCUAAAUACUGACACAGAACAUCUAGAGUCUCCAAAUUCUACUGAGGCAGUGAGCAGGCAGAUUGAGGCCACAGCAGCAGCUCUCCGGCCCAAAAAGCCCAAGGGAAAGAAGGUUGUCAAUAAGGGCCCAAAUUCUGCCUCUGAGAUCACUGAGGCUCCACCCACCACUCAGAUGGUUACAAACCAAACCAUAGUAGCUACUAUUCGAGUCAAGAGAGGGUCUAGGGCUCGAAAGGCUGCCACUAAGGCUCGGGUACCUGAAAGCCAGACCCCAAUUGCUGACCAGGGGGCUCAGAUGAAGAUGGCUGCCUCUCAGACCAGCAUAAGCGCCCUUGAGACUCAGGUUGCGGCUGCUGUCCAGGCCCUGGCAGAUGACUAUUUGGCUCAGUUGAGUCUGGAGCCCACAACUAGGACCCGGGGCAAGAGAAACCGAAAGUCCAAACAUCCAAAUGGGGAUGAGAGAAGUGGCAGUAAUUAUAGGCGGAUCCCAUGGGGCCGGAGGCCUACGCCACCACGAGAUGUGGCCAUUUUGCAAGAAAGGGCAAAUAAAUUGGUGAAAUACCUGUUGGUUAAGGAUCAAACAAAGAUCCCCAUAAAGCGCUCAGACAUGCUGAAGGAUGUCAUCCAAGAAUAUGAUGAAUAUUUCCCAGAGAUCAUUGAACGAGCAAGCUACGCUCUGGAAAAGAUGUUUCGAGUCAAUCUGAAGGAAAUCGAUAAGCAAAGUAGCUUGUAUAUUCUGAUCAGCACUCAGGAAUCCUCUGCAGGCAUACUGGGAACGACCAAGGAUACACCCAAGCUGGGUCUCCUCAUGGUGAUUCUGAGUGUCAUUUUUAUGAAUGGCAACAAGGCCAGUGAGGCUGUCAUCUGGGAGGUGCUGCGCAAGUUGGGGCUACGCCCUGGGGUGAGACAUUCACUUUUUGGGGAAGUGAGGAAGCUCAUCACAGAUGAAUUUGUAAAGCAAAAGUACCUGGAGUAUAAGAGGGUCCCCAACAGCAGACCACCUGAGUAUGAGUUCUUCUGGGGCCUGCGCUCUUACCAUGAGACUAGCAAGAUGAAAGUCCUCAAGUUUGCAUGCAAGGUGCAGAAGAAAGACCCCAAAGACUGGGCUGCUCAGUAUCGGGAGGCAGUGGAGAUGGAAGUCCAAGCUGCAGCUGUGGCUGUGGCUGAGGCUGAGGCCAGGGCUGAGGCAAGAGCCCAAAUGGGGAUUGGAGAGGAAGCUGUGGCUGGGCCUUGGAAUUGGGAUGACAUGGAUAUCGACUGCCUAACAAGGGAAGAAUUAGGUGAUGAUGCUCAGGCCUGGAGCAGAUUUUCAUUUGAAAUUGAGGCGAGAGCCCAAGAAAAUGCAGAUGCCACCACCAAUGUCAACUUCAACCGAGGAACUAGCACCAGGGGUGGUUUCAGUGAUGGUGCUAGUAUUAGCUUUAAUGGUGCACCCGGCCCCAGUGAUGGCUUUGGUGGUGGAGCUGGUAUUACCUUCGGAGGUGCACCCAGCACCAGUGCUAGCUUCAGCAAUGCAGCCAGCAUUAGCUUUGGUGGCACAUCCAGUACCAGUGCCAGUUUCAGCAGUGCAGCCAGCAUUAGCUUUGGUGGUGCACCCAGCACUAACACUAGUUUCAGCGGUGGAGCCAGCAUUAGCUUUGGUGGUGCACCCAGUACCAGUGCCAGCUUCAGUGGUGGAGCCAGCAUCAGUUUUGGUGGUGCACCUUGUACAAGUGCCAGUUUCAGUGGUGGAGCCAGCUCUGGCUUUGGAGGCACGCUCAGCAGCACCACAGCUGGCUUUAGCAGUGCACUUAGCACUAGCACCAGCUUUGGCAGUACACCCACCACAAGCACUGUCUUCACUGGCGCACUUAGCACCAGCACUGGCUUUGGAGGCACACUUAGCACCAGUGUAUGUUUUGGUGGCUCUCCAAGUUCUGGUUCCAGCUUUGGUGGCACACUCAGUACUAGUAUCUGUUUCGGUGGCUCUCCUAGCACCAGCACUGGUUUUGGUGGUACACUAAGCACCAGUGUCUCCUUUGGUGGCUCUUCUAUCACCAGUCCUGACUUUGGAGGUACACUAAGCACCAGUGUCUGCUUUGGUGGCUCUCCUAGUACCAGUGCCAGCUUUGGUGGUGCACUUAAUAGCAGUGCUGGCUUUGGCGGUGCCAUCAGCACCAGUGCCGGCUUUGGUGAUGCCAUCAGCACCAGUGCCAACUUUGGCAGUGCACUCAACAGCAGUGCUGGCUUUGGCAGUGCCAUCAGCACCAGCUCCAGCUUCAGUGGUGCACUCAACAGCAAUGCCAGCUUCAGCAGUGCCAUUGGCACCAGUGCUGGCUUUGGUGGUGCCAUCAGCACCAAUACUGGCUUUGGCAGUACACUCAAUAGCAGUGCCGGCUUUGGCAGUGUCAUCAGCACCAGUGCCGGCUUUGGAGGUGCACUCAGCAGCAGUGCCGGCUUUGGCAAUGCCAUGAGUACCAGUGCUGGCUUUGAUGGUGCUGUCAGUACUAGUGCUGGCUUCAGUGGUGCACCAAGCACCAACCCUGGCUUUGGUGGUGCAUUCAGCACCAGUGCUGGCUUCAGUGGGGCACUUAGUACCACUACUGACUUUGGCAGUACUCACAGCAACAGCAUUGGCUUUGGCAGUGCUCCCAGCACCAGCGUCAGCUUUGGUGGUGCUCACAGCACCAGCCUCUGUUUUGGUGGAGCUCCCAGCACCAGCCUCUGCUUUGGCAGUGCAUCUAACACCAACCUAUGCUUUGGUGGCUCUCCUAGCACCAGUGCCUGCUUUAGUGGUGCCACCAGUGCCAGUUUUAGUGAUGGACCCAGCACCAGUGCCGGUUUCAGCUUUGGUAAUGGGUUAAGCACCAGUGCUGGAUUUGGAGGUGGACUGAGCACCAGUGCUGGCUUCGGUGGCAACCUAGGCACCAGUACUGGCUUCGGUGGCGGCCUAGGCAGUGGCUCCGGCUUCGAUGGUGGCCUAGGUACCAGUGCUGACUUUGGUGGCGGACUAAGCACCGGCACUGGCUUUGGUGGUGGAUUAGGUACCAGUGCUGGCUUCAGUGGCGGACUGGGCACCAGCACUGGCUUUGGUGGCGAACUAGUCACCAGUGAUGGCUUUGGUAGUGCACUGGGUACCAAUGCUGGUUUUGGCAGCACACUUGGCACUGGUGUGGGUUUUAGUGGUGGCCUCAGCACCAGCGAUGGCUUUGGCGGUGGGCCUAAUGCCAGCUUUGACAGAGGACUGAGUACCAUCAUUGGCUUUGGCAGUGGUUCCAACACCAGCACUGGCUUUACUGGCGAACCCAGCACCGGCACCAGCUUCAAUAGUGGACCCACUUCUAUUGUUGGCUUCAAUAGUGGACCGAGCACUGGUGCUGGCUUCUGCAGUGGGCCAAGCACUGGUGGCUUUGGCUUCGGUGGACCAAGCAGCAGUGCUGGCUUCGGUGGUGGACCAAGCAGCAGUGCUGGAUUCGGCGGUGGACCGAGCACCGGUUCUGGCUUUGGUGGUGGACCUAAUAGCCUUGGUGCCUGUGGCUUCUCCUACGGCUAAUGAAGUUUCAGGUUUAUUCCCCAUGUUUACAGACACCACUAAUAAAUUGCAGCAGUC